AUCUUUCUCGGGAUUUCGAAAUUUGACGGUGAUCUGAUUUCCAACGAUUUUUUCUCUUCCAUGGCUUUUUUUCGCUGAUCGGUAAAUCAAACGUUUGUUUCGGUUUCGAUGGUGGAAGCUACGUCGAAUUUGACGCCGACUCAGAGAUAUGCGGCCGGCGCAUUGUUUGCGAUCGCUUUGAACCAAGCGCAAAUCAACCAGACUCAGCCGCUGGGAACCCCGGCGGCGGAAGACGACGACGGAGGCGAUGAAGAGCGAAGAAGCAAUUGCAGUAGCGGAGAUUCUGUCUCCGAUGACCCCAGCCUUUGGGUACACGAGACGUCUGGCCUUCUUCGCCCCGUUUUCAGGUGCUUUCCCAAAAUCUCUUGUCGAUCUCAUCGAUUUUGAAAUUCCUUUCGAGUCUUGGUUGUCUAUGACCGUUGAAAUCAUCUGGUUGAUUAGUAGUUCGCUUUAGCUCUGUUUGUAAUUCGUUUCUAUCCACAGAUGUCUUGAGAUUGAUUCACCGGCUUGGCUUGGUCUCGAGCAAACAGCUUGCUCUUCUCCGGCUAAGCACCACAUCGGGGCGUUCACGAGGUUACUCUCAGAAGAAGCGAAUGAUGCUUCUGCCGAGAUGGUGGAGCAAGAGAUGGCCUUAGCUAAAGCUGCUGAUGCUAUGGUGCAUAGCAUUCAAUGCUCUGUAUCUAUAGAUGCUAAGAAGGAGAAGCAUCAAGAAUACGAAAACGAAUGCCGUGAGAAAUAUGCUGUUCCUGAGGUAAAAUCAAAAGAUGUUGAUUUGGAUAAAGAGAAGGAUAAGAAGGAAGCGGCUGAAAGUGCUGCAAGAGAAGGUCUUGAAGCGGGUGUGGUUAUUAUAGAUGGAAGCCACAAGCCUGAAGUUCUUGAAAAUGAGAAGUCUGUUGAGGAAGUAACAUUGCUUAGUCAUCAGAGGAAGAUAAAUGUUCUUUAUGAGCUACUUUCUGCUUGCUUGUCAGAUAAACAUCACGAGGAUAAGAAAUGUAAACGGUGUAGAAAAGGCUAUGAUGCGCGUCACCGUGUUGCUCUCCGUUUACUUGCGACCUGGUUUAACAUUGAGUGGAUUAAAGUGGAAGCAAUUGAGACAAUGGUCGCAUGCUCUGCCAUGGCCAUUCAGAAGUCUGCUGAAAUGAAGGGUGAAGAUAAUCUAACUCCUACGACUUCAUGGGCUAAGUGGAAGCGAGGAGGCAUCAUUGGUGCCGCUGCUAUUACAGGAGGCACUUUGAUGGCCAUAACUGGUGGAUUGGCUGCUCCAGCUAUAGCUGCAGGAUUUGGUGCAUUGGCACCAACACUGGGCACAAUUAUUCCGGUGAUUGGAGCUGGGGGUUUUGCUGCUGCGGCUAGUGCCGCAGGAACUGUUGCUGGCUCCGUUGCGGUUGCAGCAUCGUUUGGAGCUGCUGGAGCUGGUCUCACAGGGACUAAGAUGGCAAGGAGAAUUGGGGACCUUGAUGAGUUCGAAUUUAAAGCUAUUGGCGAAAAUCAUAAUCAAGGACGGUUAGCAGUGGAAGUCUUGGUUGCUGGUGUUGUUUUUGAAGAAGAAGAUUUUGUGAAACCAUGGGAAGGGUUAACUAGUAAUCUGGAGAGGUACACGCUGCAAUGGGAGUCCAAGAAUCUUAUCUUAGUGAGCACAGCGAUUCAGGAUUGGCUUACUUCAAGACUUGCAAUGGAAUUGAUGAAACAGGGAGCAAUGCACACUGUGUUGGCCUCUCUUUUAAUGGCAUUGGCAUGGCCAGCGACAAUCUUAGUAGCUGCUGAUUUCAUAGAUAGCAAAUGGAGUAUUGCUAUUGACAGGUCGGAUAAAGCAGGAAGACUUCUAGCUGAAGUGCUACAAAAAGGCUUGCAAGGAAAUAGACCCAUCACUCUAGUUGGUUUUUCGCUUGGUGCUCGUGUCAUCUUCAAAUGCCUCCAAGCUCUGGCUGAGACAGAACAAAACGCUGAACUUGUGGAGAGAGUUGUUCUUCUUGGAGCACCCAUUUCAAUCAAUAGUGAAAACUGGCGAGACGUAAGGAAGAUGGUCGCUGGAAGAUUCAUCAAUGUUUAUGCCACAAAUGAUUGGACCCUUGGUAUCGCAUUUCGUGCUAGUUUAAUUUCCCAAGGAUUAGCCGGAAUCCAACCAAUAUGUAUCCCUGGUAUCGAAAACGUGGAUGUAACCGAUAUGGUGGAAGGUCACUCUUCAUAUCUAUGGAAAACUCAGCAGAUUUUAGAAAGACUCGAGAUCGACACAUAUUACCCUGUUUUUCGAGACACUCUUUAACCAAAAUCAAAUUAGAUAAGUAUCACACAAUAUAGGGAACCAAACUUUGUCACAUGUUUGAAAUGUACACAAAUAAAAGUCGAUAAACGUUAGACAUUAAUUAAAGCAAGGCUUGUAUUUUGUUUGUUUGUUUUAGCUGUCGUCUUUGGGUUUUUUUUGUUUAAACGUUCGUGGAUGCCGGCGAAAGACAAGGGCUUCUGUAUUGUAAUUAUUUGUAUGAAAACACAUUGCACCGCCAUCGUUGACUAUGGCCGUGUUUUAGCUUCGCCGUUCUUGUUUCCUUGUUUACAUACAAAAGUCUAAACUGAUCGAAAAUGUUACUGAACAAAAAAAAAGAGACUACACUUGAAUUUC